GACGUUAUCCCAGACCACGCCCAUGUCUCGACGUCAUCCGCCCCCUGACCCGGCAAUCGCCGAGUACGCAUGCGCGGAUGGCUGAUGUCCGCGGCGUCGCGUCGCUGAGUUUCACGGCCUAAAGGGAAGGGGGGGGCCGGGGGGAGGAGAAAGAAAAAGUUCCCGGAACAGAGCAGGAGAAGGAUAAAAGCACACCCAGGCACGGAGAGACGACGCAGCAUCGGUGCUGACCUACAACAUGGAAAAUAAAUUCGCGGAGAUAGACAAGGACAGCCGCUGGCCUCAGUCUUACUUGGAAAUUCGCAAUCAGUCUCAGGACUUUCCAUAUAAAGUAGCCAAAUAUCCCGAAAACAGGAUUCGAAACCGAUACAGAGAUGUCAGCCCUUUUGACCACAGCCGUGUUAAACUUCACACAGCAGAUAAUGAUUAUAUCAAUGCAAGUCUAAUUAUCAUGGAAGAGGCCCAGAGAAACUACAUUUUAACCCAGGGACCCCUUCCCAAUUCAUGUGGACAUUUCUGGCAAAUGGUAUGGGAGCAAAAAAGCAGAGCAGUUGUGAUGCUUAAUCGUGUCAUUGAAAAGGGAUCAGUAAAAUGUGAAAAGUAUUGGCCAAACACAAACGAGGAAACAAUGGCGUUUGAAGAUACUGAGUUCAGCUUAACAUUAUUAUGUGAAGAUGUAAAAUCAUACUACACUGUGCGACAGCUGGAAUUGCAGAGAAACUCUACUGGAGAGACUCGAGAAAUUUACCAUUUUCAUUAUACCACUUGGCCUGACUUUGGGGUACCUGAAUCCCCUGCUUCAUUCCUUAAUUUUUUGUCCAAAGUGAGAGAAUCGGGCUGCUUGAACUCUGAUUGUGGGCCUGCAGUAGUUCACUGCAGUGCAGGCAUUGGACGAUCUGGUACCUUUUCUUUGGUAGAUACCUGCCUUGUUUUGAUGGAGAAACGUCAAGAUCCGUCUUCUGUGGACAUCAGAGAAAUACUAUUGGAAAUGAGGAAGUACCGGAUGGGGCUCAUACAAACUCCAGAUCAGUUGAGAUUUUCAUACAUGGCAGUUAUAGAGGGAGCAAAAUAUAUCAUGGGAGAUCCGUCGUUACAGAAAAGAUGGAAAGAGCUUUCCAAUGAAGACCAAGAUCCUGUACCAGACCAUGCGCCUCCACCUCCCCAACCUCCUAAACGGGCCCUUCCCCGACAUAACGAGAAUAGGGCCCCUCAUUUAUCGGCAGAGGAAGCAGCAGAUGCAGAAAACAACAUUUCCACAGAAGAAAGUUCAGUACAAGAAAAGGAAGAUAGCAAAACAGAGUAUGUAAAUAACGUCCGUAAACGACACCGCGAGGAUAGGAUAGCAAAUACAUCGCAGAAAGUACAGCGAAUGAAACAGAAGCUUAAUGAAACUGAGGUGAAACGAAAAAGGUGGUUAUAUUGGAAACCUAUUCUCGUUAACAUUGCUGCAGUUACUACCCUUGCAAUUGGAGCUAUUGUUUGCUGCUCUUUGUAUUUUCAGUGAUCAAUUUGUAACUUCAUUUAAGGGUCUACAGUAGCAUAUUGCAUCUGAGGUUUCGGAUACUGAGGAUUGGUGUCUCCCCUGCACAAGAACUGAAUGUUUUUUCAGAAUUGACAGGUCAGGGAAGAAUACAGUAGGGUGGAGCUAACCGUUUAGUUUUAACUCAGAAGUUUGCAACAUAGUUUCUCAGGUUUGUCAGAUGUCUGAAUAUUCGAAACCACCAGACAAAAAAAAAAAUUCUGUUGUAAAUGAACUAUCAGACCUGUGCUGCAAUAAAUCUUUGGUUAAACGUUGUGCUUCCAUUAAAAGCAGUCUUUCUCCUGUUCUUGAGAUUUUCCAAAAGGAUGUUGGUGUCUUAUUUUUGCUACAUGAUGGCAUGUCUGCUGGCAGGUUGGACAUUUUCAAAGUGCGUUUUAAUCGGUAGAGAGGUUUGAAUAUCCAUGCCAGUAAAAGAUAAACCAGCAAGAAACAGAAAACAACUACUUUGCAUGCCUUGUUGCUGGGUUCUUUACUGCUUUAGUCUACUGCUCUUCUGCAUUUUUUCCUCAAACGUUUACUUCCUGACCAGCAGAAUUGCUGUGCACUUAAAGCAUUUGUUUGCAUUAAUAAAGUCACUUCUGGCUUAACAUUUUCAAAUUUAUUUUAGGUCACAUAUUUUCCAUUUUGUUUAUAACCCUGUAUAAAAACAAUACAGCUAUUAAUUUGGCAAAAGCUUUGGAAGUCUUUUGGAAAUAUAAUUUUUAAUUUUCUAAACAAAGUGAUCUAAGUAUGGUUGAUUAUUUACUGUAUUAUUGUGGAUGUCGAAAAUACUAGUUAAUUCCUUAACCCAUAGAGCUGUUCAAUCACAAUUAUUAAUUUCUUUUCAGCAGGACUUUCAUUUUCACAGUCCUGUAAAGCACAUCUCUCAACUUUUACUUGGAAAUUUUCAAUUCAACUUCCUAUUUAGUCCACAGGCAUAAAAUAUCUGUAUUUAAAGUUAAGUCAUGUAUUUUAUUUUAAAAGUACACAGUCCAUUAUAAAGAGAUUGAUGUAUAAAUGCUGGCAAGACAUCCAAAGUUGCUUCUGUGGGUUAAAGAGUUGAGAAGUGUUUCUUGCUAGUUAAUAAUGUCACUAUCCCAAGAUGGUACAAUCUUAUGUAUUGGGCAAGAAAAGGGUAAUCUGUUCAAAAUGACACCAGCUCGCAUUUAAAAUUUGUUAUAACUUUACAUUCCAGAAAGACCAGCUGAAUAAAAUUCACUCUUGAGUAGUA